AUGGAUUUCCUUCUCGGCGACUUCUGCUUGUCCUGCGAUCGUCAGACCAACGGUACCAACUUCUGUUCCUCAGCAUGCCGUCUCACACAACUCGACCAAUACACACUGGCAUCCUCGACACCGUCCACUUCUCCCCGUGACACCAGCAUCACCAGCUUUUUCUCUUCACCACAACGAUCCUUGAUGAACACCACCACCAACACGGCUUUCUUCCUCGCCCCGGCCUAUGACUUCUCUCUACACCGUACUGUAUCCUCGAACUCGCUCUCGACCGUGUCCUCACGGCCUGUCAGUCCGAAACUGUCUGAACAAGCCCAGAACGACCUCAAGAACUACGUGGGAUCAUUCGACCAGACAAGGACCCUGAAGAGAAGAGUCUCGAUGCAGAGCAACGAGGACACGAAGACAUCCUGUCGGGCA